GCUGUGAUUGGUCGGAUCUCAGCAGGUCCCGCCCACGGGUGGUGCUUCGAACCUUCUGUAUGUCUGGAGCGUCGCGUUCAACCAGUGUUGAGUUUAGAGGGUCUCUCUCUACCGGGGUGACAGGUCUGACCACAGGAGCACCGAGAGGAAGUACCUGCAGUUUGAAUUAUAAUCACAAUAAAACCGAAGAAAAAUACAAAAACAACCCGACACUUUUCGUCGUUUCACCACUGGAUACGGAGCUCUAACUUUGGGGGUUUGGAUUAACUUACUCUUCUUCUUCUCUUUUUAAAUUUGCUUUGGACGACAAACACACGCACGCACACACGUACACGCACACAUACACACAAACUCAUCGAAGACAAUGGGAUCCCAGGCAUCCAAGGGAGACGUGGCCGCGGAGGCGAACGCCGCCACCGCUGAUGCUGCAGCUGUCAAAACCAACGGACAGGAGAACGGACACGUGAAGACAAACGGCGACAUCUCCGCGAAGCCCGACGGGGACACCGCCGCCACCAACGGCUCGGCCGACGCGGCCAAGGAGCCCAAAGCCGCCGCCGGAGGGGACGCCAUCGAGCCGGCGCCCGCCGCGGACGGCGAGGCGGCGAAGACCGAGGGCGGCGACGCCGCGACCAAGGAGACCCCCAAGAAGAAGAAGAAGAAGUUCUUCCUGAAGAAGUCCUUCAACUUCAAACUGAACCUGAAGAAGACCAAGAAGAGCGAGGCGGUCAAGGAGGAGGAGGCGCCCGCCGCCGAGGAGAAGCCCGCCGAGAACGGAGCCGCCGCUCCGGCGGAGGAGAAGAAGGACGAGAAGAAGGACGAGAAGAAGGACGAGAAGAAGGACGAGGAGAAGGACGAGGAGAAGGAGGAGGAGAAGAAGGAGGAGAAGAAAGAGGAGAAGAAAGAAGAGGCGAAAGAGGAGGCUGCCGCCGAGGCCCCGAAGGCAGAGGAGGCGCCCGCCAAAGAGGAGGCGCCCAAGGAGGCGGCUGCCCCGACCCCCGAGGCCACGAAACCGACGGAGGAGAGCAGCUCGACCCCGGCUCCCUCUGAAAAGAAGGAGUGAUCGAACCCGAGGCCUCGCGAUGAACUGGGUGAACUGUUUUUCAAAAGAGAAUUUAAGAGUAUAUAUGUGUGUAUAUGUAUACAUGUGGAUAUAUGUAUAUGUAAAUAUAUACACAUGUAUGUGAGAGACUCCUUCGACGUGCCACUUUUUUUCGUCAUGGUAACAAAGACGACAGACUAGAUUCACUAGAUCACUUCCCCGGUUCCCGCUCGACAUCUUGGACCCGGACUGAGUUGUCAGGCUGCGGGGGCCGGUCGCUGAGUGGAGGUUGGAUUUUUAAAUGGCUAGAGCGUGCGAGCUAAUGACACCGCGAAGUAUAGAGGGAUGAUGGAGGAUGGAUGGAUGGGAGUCCAGAGCAUCUUUUUUCCGUAUAUCUAAAAAAAAAUCUGCAAAAUCGAGAUGCCUCCUUGCCGAGGAAUGAAACUAGAUUCUAGGACACUUCCACCACCACUUGAAAUGACUGUUGAAUAGAACAACAACAAACAAAAAAACUAUAAUAAAAAAAAUUUUUAAUGAAAGAGACUCGCCAACUUUUUACAUUCCUAUAUUUUAACCCAAAUUUACAAGUAUUUUGUGGUGUAUUAUAGAGAAGCUAUUACUCGUUUUGUUUUAAAGAAAAAGAAGGGGAAAAAAAUAAAAAAGAAUAGAGAACUUUUGAUUUUUACCUUACUAUUGGAGAAAAAGAAAAAAGCUUGCUAUGUUUCACUGUCGCGGUUUGAUAUGAAGCAGAGUUGUUUAUCUGUCGUACGUGAGCCUAAAUAUGCUUUUGUCUCUUGUAAAUACAUUGGAUUGAUUUCUGUUCUUUAUUUUGCUAAUGUUAACAGAUGUUUCUGGUUUUAUUGUAAAGUUGAUAAUAGUAAAUAAAUGUUGGUUACCGGCCA